AUGGAUAGACCUCCCAGGACUCCCAACCCGGCUGCGCCACAUCAGGCAACACUGGAGGAUUUAAUGAACCUUAUGGGCACGCUCAUCCAGAAUGUAAAUGCCCUCACGGUCAUGGUGAAUCAGUUUAUUACAAGUGCGUGCUCGCCGGCCGCAUCGGUUUCUUCCACUUGGUCCCGGUCUUUUGUCGAGAAACCCUCUACCUUCAACGGCAAGUUGUCAGAAAAAGCUAGGCUCUUCCGCAGCGCGUUCCAUAUCUAUGUCCGAGGCAAUAAAGAAAUAUUCGCCCUACGAGACGCCAACGAAGCCAUCAUCCUCGACACCUCCGGUAACUGGACAAUGGACCCGCUUAAAAUGAUCACUGGCAUCCUUUCUUUUAUGACAGAUGACGCGGCAGUCUGGGCACGCCCCCAUAUCGAGGACCUUUCGGAUGGUCGUACCCCGUUCAACUCCUCUUGGUCGGAGUUUGUCAAACAAUUCUCAGCCAAGUUCAAACCCGUCAAUGCAAAGAACGAGGCCAAGCAGAAGCUCAUGUCGAUCAAACAAGGCAACAGGACAUUCACGGACUACCUCUCCGACUUCGAGAUGUACUCGCGUCACACCGGCUGGUCAGACAAUGACCUCUACGAUCGUCUCAAGUCUGGCAUGAGUUCAGACUAUUUCAAUAGGCUGUCCUACUUUGCCCCCCUGGCCACGGAUUACAAUUUGGUAAAAAGUUACGGAGCAACAAUCGACCUGCAGAAAGCAGACCUGGCGGCUAAUCAAGGCAAACCAGUCUCGCAACCUCAGUCAUCAACAACACGCUCCUCGGGCUUUUGCGACCCCAACGCCAUGGACAUCGACGCUAUGGAAAUCUCCGCCACGCGUUUCAACAAUCUCUUCCAGGGCCUCAAGGACCCUGCGGAGAUCAAGAAACAAUACAACAAGCUCAUGGUCGGUCGCUGCCGCGUUUGCAGUUCCAAAGGUCAUAAGGCAGAUGGCGCACACAAGGAUACCAGCGCCGGUGCAAUCACAUACUACGCUAAGCUCAAAGUCAAAAUCAGAUUGCGAGCCCCCGAGGAAUACGACUUCUUCAUCACAGACAUUGGCCCCGAAAACAUCAUCCUCGAAUUACCGUGGCUAAAGAAAGUCAACCCCACCAUAGACUGGGAAACAGGCAAAAUGACGCUUCCUGACAGCUCAGAAGCAUCGCCUGACUCUCCUGUGUCGCCAAGUUUAAACAAAGUUGAAGCUAAUCGAGCAGAACGCCGGGCCUGGGUGAAGGCCGGUAUACUCGAUAACGCCACAGACAAAGUUUAUUGCCUAGCAGGCUACACUUAUUCUCAGAAAGUAGCUGUCAAGCAAAAUAAGGAAAAGUAUUUGAAGACCUUCGAGCAGCUUGUUCCAAAAGAAUAUCAUCGACACGCCCACGUCUUCUCCGAAACAGACUCGACUAGGCUUCCUGAACAUAGAGCCUGGGAUCAUGCUAUCGACCUCAAAGCGGACGCUCCCACUACAAUCUGA